UCUUCUUCAGAAAAAUGUUGCAAUUAGUAGGAGCAUUUAUUUUGCAUUUUUUGGUGGUUAAACCCCGACGGAAUUGGGGAUCCUUUAAUUCUUCUCAUAUCAUAUCAUAUCAAUUUGGUGAAGAAUUGGAUUGAAUUGAAUUGAAUUGAAUCGAAUCGAGGGCCGAAGCAGUUUAGUGAUGUUCUAUGGCGCGGCGGCGUGGGACCCGUGGCUGAUAGUGGCGCAAAUUGUGUGCCUUCAAUGUCUGUACUACCUCACUCUAGGGUUAUGCCUCUCGGUUCUCGUCGCUCCCCGCGUCUCCAAGAUGAGCCUCGUCUAUUUCUUCGAUUUCGCCACUGUUACUGAUUGGGGCGUUAUCGCUUCCAGUUUUCUCACCUCUAUUGCUGGAGCUGGAGUUUUGGUUUAUUUAGUUGAGAGAACAAGGAAAUGCUUGGAUUUUUCCUCUACCCUUUACAUCAUACAUCUUUUCAUUUGCUUGUUGUAUGGAGGUUGGCCCUCAACUAUUACCUGGUGGGUUGUGAACAUUACUGGCUUAGCAGUGAUGGUACUGUUAGGUGAACAUUUGUGCAAGAAACGUGAGUUACGAGACAUUCCAGUUGGAAGAUACAGAUCAAUGCAUUAAGGAUGACUCUGUAAGAAAGCUUUUGCAAAGGGCAAGGAGCUCAUCUCAUUUGGAUCAUGGGAAGUGGCUAAAUGAAUUUGACCUUUCUUCUAUCCAGUCUAGAGACAUCAAAAUACAUAUAUCUGUAGAUUUGAAUUUCGCUCCCAUCAUUUCCAUAAUUAAAUGGUCCAGUGUAUUGAAUUAGUUUGAUCUAACCAUUGACAUUGCAUGAGCAUUUAUAAGAAGUGCAUGGAAAUUGCUGAGUUGAUAACUUUAAUGUGUAUCCAUUUCGUCUGAACUCCCAAAUUCAUUGGGAUUCAGAUACAUUUCUAUCAAUAGAACCAUUUAUAGGGUAUUGAGAUUCAACAGCCAUUAUUUUGACGCUGUUGCUAACUUGUUUCAAUAUACGCAGAUGUCUGAUUGCAACUAGAUGCUGAUCUCACGAAGGUGAGGCUACCGUGUGUGGCUUUUCAUUAGACGUCUUGCUAGCAAAAUAUUGUAUAAAGACGGAGCCUUAUGAUGUCUCAUAAUUCUUGCCCAGAUUAAAUGUAAAUAUAGAAUUGUGUUUUGAUUUUGGGAUUCAAGUUUAUAAUAGAUGUGAGAUUUUUUACA